AACACAUACAGGAGAGAAGUCUUAUGAAUGUAAGAAAUGUAAAAAGUCCUUUACCCAGAAAUCAAACUUCAACACAAAGAAGAGAAUUCACACAUGUGAGAAAAGUUAUGAAUGUAACAAAUGUGGAAAAAUUUUUACCUAUAUGGUACACCUUCAUCUUCAUCAGAGAACACACACAGGAGAAAAACCUUAUGAAUGUACCACAUGUGGAAAGUUUUUUAUUCAUAAGUCACACCUUUGUCGUCAUCAGAGAAUACACACAGGACAGAAACCUUAUGAAUGUAAUGUGUGUGGAAAGUCUUUUACCCAGAAGUCAAACCUUACUGUUCACCAGAGAACACACACAGGAGAAAAACCUUAUGAAUGUACCACAUGUGGAAAGUUUUUUAUUCGUAAGUCAAACCUUUGUUGUCAUCAGAGAACACACACAGGACAGAAACCUUAUGAAUGUAAUGUGUGUGGAAAGUCUUUUACCCACAAGUCACAACUUACUGCUCACCAGAGAACACACACAGGAGAGAAACCUUAUGAAUGUACCACAUGUGGAAAGUAUUUCAGACAGAAGUCAGACCUUUGUCGUCAUCAGAGAAUACACACAGGAGAGAAACCAUAUGAAUGUAAUGUGUGUGGAAAGUCUUUUACCCACAAGUCACAACUUCCUGACCACCAGAGAACACACACAGGAGAGAAACCUUAUGAAUGUACCACAUGUGGAAAGUCUUUCAGACAGAAAAAUUCAUACCUCAUUGUCCAUCAGAGAACACACACAGGAGAGAAACCUUAUGAAUGUGACAAAUGUGAAAAGUGUUUUACUCAUAAGACGGCACUUUGUCAUCAUCAGAGAACACACACAGGACAGAAACCUUAUGAAUGUAAUGUGUGUGGAAAGUCUUUUACCCACAAGACACAACUUACUGACCACCAGAGAACACACACAGGAGAAAAACCUUAUGAAUGUACCACAUGUGGAAAGUCUUUCAGACAGAAGUCAGGCAUUUGUCGUCAUCAGAGAACACACACAGGACAGAAACCUUAUGAAUGUACCACAUGUGGAAAGUAUUUCAGACAGAAGUCAGGCCUUUGUCGUCAUCAGAGAACACACACAGGACAGAAACCUUUUGAAUGUACCACAUGUGGAAAGUAUUUCAGACAGAAGUCAGACCUUUGUCGUCAUCAGAGAACACACACAGGACAGAAACCUUAUGAAUGUACCACAUGUGGAAAGUAUUUCAGACAGAAGUCAAACCUUACUGUCCACCAGAGAACACACACAGGAGAGAAACCUUAUGAGUGUAACACCUGUGGAAAGUCUUUCACUUGGAAGUCAAUCCUUACUAAACACAGAGAACACACAGGAGAGAAACCUUAUAAAUGUAACAAAUGUGAAAAGUGUUUUACUCAUAAGGCGGCACUUUGUCAUCAUCAGAGAACACACACAGGACAGAAACCAUAUGAAUGUAACAAAUGUGGCAAGUCCUUCACCUGGCGUUCACAACUCAGCAAUCAUAAGAGAAUACACCCCAUGAGAAAACUUAGGAAUCUGAUAAAUAUGGAAAGUCUCAUCUGGAAGUAA